UGAAGUGACACUCUCUCCCCUGGAGGGAUAUCGUGUGCUAGGGAAGUCUUCAUGCGGCCAUGUUCGUGCAUGGACCUCACAUUAAUCGUGUGGAUGAUGACUCGAGUUCAGGUUCAGAUAACGAAGAGGAUGCUGGAGACAUUGUGCAGAGGCGCAGGGAGGAGUGUGAGCGCAAGGCGCGUCGUGGAGAGAUGGACCCGCGUCUUGAGUUCACCUUCCAACUUCUCGUUGACGCUACGGGUCUCUCGAGAGGGGAACUUAUGGACUGCAUUUUCGAAGGCAAUAUGCUAGAUGAAGUCAAUCAAUUAUUUCUUCCAUACAUGCGUAACAAGCUUCUGUGGUUUUACCAGGAAGUGGAGGAUGCAGAGCCAUUACUCCCUAUUGAAACUAUUAAACCCAGCACAAGUCGUGGAGGACAGGUAGUGGUGUCCAAGGUGUCUGGUCAGCGUAGUGGUCCACCCAGAAAGAAGUUGUUCUUGACAGAUGGAUGGCAGGUGCCAUUAGCAGGGAUCUGCAUAUACAUGUUCCGUCUCAACACUGGCAAGCAACUACCAGAAGAAGGCUUCCACAAGGAUUUAUUUUGUGGAGUUGUGGAUGGUGAACAUGUGGGAUUGGUGGCGUCUAUUGAACGUACUAUGGAGUUUGUUUUCAUGGAAGCAUUGGCUUUCCCAGCUCCUGAUACAGAAGAUGAUAAUGGGAACUAUCCCACAGUUAAGAAUCAGCUGCUUCCCGGCCUUCGUUCCUUUUGCAGUGCUCUGAGAGUAUGUGAAGAAGUGUGUGGUAAGCCAAACUUGUUUGAUGAUCAGCUAUAUAUUAUGGCAGAUAUGAAAUCCAUGGAUGAUGUUCGGGAGCUGAUAAAAAAACAAGAGGAAGUAACAGGACUGGAGGAGCGUGUAAAAGCUUGGAUGAAGAAAGUCCAAGAGGUGCUGGUAGAGAGUGAGCACUUGCGUAAAGAGAAUGAUUUAAGUGGUCCUCAAGAUGAGUUGGAGUAUUGGAAGAGACGAGGAGCCCAGUUUUCGCAGAUUGUUACACAUCUUCAGGGUCAUGAGGUACAGAUGACACUAAUGACUCUUCAGUUGACACGUUCUAAGGUGAUAAAACAGUGGCGUGACACAGACCGUAAAAUAACAUUCUGCUACAAUGAAUCACGUGAUAAUGCAAAAUUCAUACAGUCAAUGGAGAAGUGUUGCCAUUCUCUGUAUUUACAUGAUCCUGUUAGAAUGAAAGAUUCAAUCAUGAGUUUGUUGCAAACAGUACGUCUCAUUCAUAGUGUGUCCCAGUUUUACAACACAUCUGAGAGGACAUCGUCUCUAAUGGUUAAGAUCACAAAUCAGAUGAUUGAAACAUGUAAGCUGUACAUCACCUGUCGAGGAAAGGAAACAAUCUGGUCACAAGAUCGUUUGGAGGUUCAGAAGAAACUGCAGGACUGCAUAAAUCUGAACAACAUAUACCACAAAACUUACACUCUAGUAAAAAAUCAGCCCUUUCUUCCUGGGCAGACAUCAUUUGGCUUCUCUGAGAACUAUGUCUUCGGAAAGUUUGAUACUUUCUGUGAUCGUCUGAAUAAGAUCAUUACUAUGUUCAAUCUUGUCAAUGACUACAAUUGCUUAUUUGCUCGCAGAAUGGAAGGUCUUCUUCUUGGAGAAGCCUUGGAAGAAGCAAUCCACACAUUUCAGGAGGCAAAGGCAGGAAUUACAACCAAAACGUAUGAUUGCUUGGACCAACGUGACAUGGAAUUUGAUGCAGACUUUGACAUAUUCCUUGAGAAGACUGACAAGCUAAAAGAGAGCAUAGGAACUCUGAUUGAGGAAAACUUUGCAAGUGUAUGGGAGACUCCCCAGGGCAUACGCUUCCUGACUCGCUUUGAAAAGGUGAGCGAAAAGAUUCCGCUUACAAAGUUGGAUGAGAAGUAUGAUCGAGUGCUAAAAUACUGUGAACAUGAAGUAGAUCACAUUUAUAAACUUUUCCGCAAGCAGAAAGAAGACCCCCCACUCUCUCGAAACUUUCCACCAAUUGCAGGACGCAUAAAAUGGGUGCGCUCACUUCAUAGUCAUCUGGAAGACUUGGUGAAUGAAGCAUCAUCUCACCCAGUGCUGAAAACCCUACCUGCCACUUCAGAACUCCUUCGCCAUUACAGUAUUGUUAACACUGCUCUAGUCAACUAUGAGGCUGACAUGAAAGAAACAUGGAUGAAACAAAAUGUUUGGUUGUUGGAUGAAAGUCUCAACCAGAAGCUGUUAUCUUUGAGUGAAGAAACAGGGUGUCUGAAAGUGAAUUUGGACCAUAAAGUGAAGCUGCUAAUACGUGAAGCUGACUGCUUGGCAAAGAUGGGGGUUCCCAUGCCAGUUGUUACUCGCACAUUACUCUGCAAGAGAGACCACUUUAUACUUGUCAGUGAUUCAUUGCAGGUGUUGCUGAAUCAAUUUCUGGCAACAGUACGUCGUGUGAAACUAGAGGUUCGACCACUCUUCCUUCCCCAUUUGGUACGUUUGUCCUCCAUGCUGUCACCAGGACUUCAUUCCAUCACUUGGACUGAUACAAACUGGAAAUGCUUUUGUCAGAACACCUCCAGCGCAAUAAAGAAUUUUGAUGUUCUAGUCACAAGAGUAAAUGAUGUAUAUUCAAACCGCAUUCUACAAGUUUUGACAAGCAUGCAGAAAGUAACUUUACAGGCUCUUCCAACAGAUGAGCCAUGGACAGUUGAGCAGUUUCUUGACCACACCGAGUACACCUGUCGGCAUGCUGCUAUGGAGCUUAACCGCAAGAGUCUCAUGGUAGAAGAGGCUGUGGAGGAAGUGCUAGAUUUGAUGAAGAAGGCUGCACAGGAAUUUAAGGCUAAUUCAGGUGUGGAUGAAUUUGAUUUCUGUAUGGAAGAAGAGGUGAGUGGAGGAAAGAAUGGAAGUCAGGCUCAUGGAAAUGGCACUGUGGCUGAUGGAUCAGCAGUGUCACAGCAGCAGCAGGACUGGAGCAUAGUUUGGGAAUACUUUGAUAAUCCUCAUAAACUGCUAGCUCCAUCUGGGGGUGGAGUAUCAAAGGUCAUGCAAGAUAUGGUGCGCAAUGCUGUAGCAGAAAUGAGACGCUAUUACAGCCGCAAAAUAGUAGAUGUUCUCAUUAAAGUCACACGUCACUCUCUUGAUUGCCUUCGGAAGCGCUUCAGCUCUGAUUCAGAGUCUGCAGAGGUACUGAAUGCCUGUCCAGUUUUCCUGCUGCAUGCCACACUUAUGAUACCCAGAGUGGUAGUGAGACCUAGUCUGGAGGAUGUGCAAGAGGCAUUGGUAGCUGCUGGGAAGUUCAUUACCAAUGUGUCAAAGGGAGUGGGGCAGUGGACUGGUGGCAAGGGCCCACAGGGCCCUGUGCAUGGUAAAGAAGACCCCAAGGCAAGACGACGACGUCUGUACCGAUUGGCAUCUGAAGAGCGUCCCGUAUUCCCUACUCAACAGAGAAACUUCUACAAUCAUGUGAUGGAAAACAAGGAGAUUGUCAAGAUGCUUUCUCUGCUGUCAACAUGCACACAGGAUGUUAAGCUGGAGUUGGGAGAAUUUCUAAAGCGUUGGGCACCAUAUAAGUUUCUAUGGAAAAACAAUGAGCAAAGCAAGAGGGAGAUGUUAAAUGCAAGUCUGAAUGAGUUUGAAAGCUGGUUGCAUCGCCAUUGUGAACUAGAAUCUCAGCUUGCUACUGAACCUGAUCAGCAUCUCUUUGGCAGUCGCCUUGUUGUCUCUGCAGAACGUCUCAAGUUUGGACUACUGACAGAAAUCAAAACAUGCACCCAUCGCAUUGGUCAGGUGUUGAAGAAGAAGUAUCGCCGUGAGAUGGAUUAUGUGUAUGCUGUAAUAAAUGAAAUGGAUCGUAAACUUGAGCGCCCAGUCAGGGAUCUGGAUGAUGUACGAAUGGUGAUGGAUACAUUGAAGAAGAUACGGGAGCAGGAAGUAGAUAUGGAACUGAAGAUAGAUCCUAUUGAGGAGGCUUUCAAUGUUGUGGCAAGAUAUGAGUUGCCAGUGGACAGGGAAGAGUUGGAGCAAGUGGACAACUUGCGCUACACAUGGCAGCAGUUGAUAGCUCGAGCUAUGGAAACAAAUUGUUUGUUGCUGUCCCUGCAGCCACACUUUGCAGAUGAUCUACACCGUAACUUGGAAAGUUUCCACCACGAUACUAUUCGGUACUGUCAUGAUUAUCGUACUUCUGGCCCAAUGAUGCCUGGUCUUACUCCACGUGAGGCCUCUGAUAGACUCUUGCUCUUCCAGAACCAGUUUGAUGGCAUGUGGCGCAAACUGCAGACAUACCAGAGUGGGGAAGAACUAUUUGGAAUGCCCCAAACUGACUACCCCGAACUAGGUACAAUUCGCAAGGAACUUAAUCUACUUCAGAAAUUAUACAAACUCUACAAUGAUGUCAUUGACCGUGUGAGCAGUUACUAUGAUAUUCCUUGGGGUGAGGUCAACAUUGAAGAAAUAAACAAUGAACUCAUGGAGUUCCAAAAUAGGUGUCGAAAGCUACCAAAAGCUUUAAAAGAAUGGCCAGCAUUCCAUGCUCUGAAGCGAACAGUGGAUGACUUCAAUGAUAUGUGUCCAUUGUUGGAACUUAUGUCUAACAAAGCAAUGAAACCACGCCAUUGGCAGCGCAUCAUGGAGGUGCUGAAGCAUAACUUUGAUUUAGAAAGUGAAAACUUCUGUCUGAAGAACAUACUUGAAGCUCCAUUGCUCAAACACAAAGAAGAUAUUGAGGACAUAUGUAUCUCAGCCAUGAAAGAGAAGGACAUUGAAGCUAAACUGAGACAAGUGACCAAUGAAUGGACAGUACAUGAAUUGACAUUCCAAACAUUUAAUAACCGUGGAGAACUGCUCCUUAGAGGUGAUACCACUGCUGAGACUAUUGGUCAGCUGGAAGAUAGUCUUAUGAUACUUGGUUCACUCAUGUCAAACAGGUACAAUCCACCUUUCCGCAAACAGAUCCAGCAAUGGGUAACAGACUUGGGAAAUACCAAUGAGAUUUUGGAGCGUUGGCUUCUUGUGCAGAAUCUGUGGGUAUAUUUGGAAGCAGUAUUUGUGGGUGGUGACAUUGCCAAACAGCUUCCCAAGGAGGCAAAGAGAUUUAGCAAGAUUGACAAAUCAUGGCAGAAGAUUAUGCAGCGAGCCCAUGAAACACCAGGUGUUGUAUCUUGCUGUGUUGGUGAUGAUUUAUUGAAGCAAUUGCUUCCUCAUUUACAAGAACAACUAGAACUGUGUCAGAAGUCUCUCAGUGGAUAUCUUGAGAAAAAGCGCACAAUGUUCCCUAGGUUCUUCUUUGUAUCAGACCCUGCAUUACUGGAAAUAUUAGGUCAGGCUUCAGAUGCCCACACAAUUCAGAACCACUUGUUGUCCAUCUUUGACAAUACUCGCUUCGUCAAGUUCCAUGAUAUUGAGUACAAUAAGAUGACAGCCAUAAUUUCUUCAGAGGGUGAGACUAUUCUGCUGGAGCGGGCAGUGCGUGCUGAGGGCAGUGUGGAGACAUGGCUAACCUCCCUGCUGCAGACGUCUCAACAGUCUCUUCAUGCAAUCAUCAGACAAGCUUUCAUUAUGAUCAACGAUCUCAACUUUAACCUGUUAUUAUUCCUUGAUAAGAUACCGGCUCAGGUUGGCAUUUUGGGCAUUCAGAUGAUCUGGACUCGAGAUGGAGAAGCUGCGCUGAUGCAGGCUCGGGCAGACAAAAAGAUAAUGUUUGAUACCAACAACAAGUUCCUAGAACUCCUCAACACGCUUAUUGACCAGACUACUAGAGACCUCACAAAAAUUGAACGUACCAAAUUUGAAACUCUCAUCACCAUUCAUGUACACCAAAGGGAUAUUUUUGAUAUACUGGUCCGAUUGAAUGUCCGAUCAGUAAAUGACUUUGAAUGGCUAAAACAGUGUCGUUUUUACUUCAAAGAGGACAUAGACAAGACUCUGAUUUCUAUAACAGAUGUGACAUUCACAUAUCAGAAUGAAUACCUUGGUUGUACAGAGCGCCUUGUGAUCACUCCACUUACAGACAGGUGUUAUAUUACUCUUGCACAAGCACUGGCCAUGAGUAUGGGAGGCUCUCCUUGUGGUCCUGCAGGUACAGGAAAAACAGAGACAGUGAAAGAUAUGGGCAAGACUCUAGGAAAAUAUGUUGUGGUAUUCAAUUGUUCAGAUCAGAUGGACUACAGAGGCCUGGGUCGUAUUUACAAAGGUUUGGCACAGUCAGGUUCAUGGGGCUGUUUUGAUGAGUUCAACCGCAUAGAGCUACCAGUGCUGUCAGUAGCAGCCCAGCAGGUAGCUGUAAUUCUUAAUGCACACAAAGAGAAGAAACAACAGUUUGCCUUCACUGAUGGAGAUGUGAUUGAUAUGUGUCCAGAAUUUGGUAUUUUCAUUACAAUGAAUCCUGGCUAUGCUGGACGAAAAGAGCUACCUGAAAAUUUGAAGAUCCAGUUUCGGACAGUAGCCAUGAUGGUUCCUGAUCGCCAGAUUAUUAUCAGAGUUAAACUUGCAAGCUGUGGAUUUCUGGAGAACAUCACAUUGGCACGCAAGUUCUACACAUUGUACAAGCUUUGUGAAGAGCAGCUCACCAAACAGGUUCAUUACGAUUUUGGCCUGCGGAAUAUCCUGUCUGUGCUGCGGACUUUAGGGGCUGCCAAGAGAGUUAAUUCUAAAGACAGUGAGAGCACAAUUGUGAUGCGAGUUCUUCGUGAUAUGAACCUCUCAAAACUCAUUGAUGAGGAUGAGCCACUUUUCAUGUCACUGGUGUCAGAUCUUUUCCCAAAUCAGGUGCUGGAGAAAACUGCAUAUCCUGAGCUAGAAGCAGCCAUUGAGCAGCAGGUAGAAGAAGCAGGACUUGUAUAUCACCCACCUUGGGUGUUGAAAUUGAUUCAGUUGUAUGAGACGCAGCGUGUACGUCAUGGCAUUAUGACACUAGGUCCAGCUGGUGCAGGAAAGACAACAUGCAUACACACAUUGAUGAAAGCACUUACAGCAUGCGGUGAUUAUCACAGGGAGAUGCGGAUGAACCCAAAAGCCAUUACUGCAUCUCAAAUGUUUGGAAGACUUGAUGUGGCCACUAAUGAUUGGACUGAUGGUAUUUUCUCUGCUCUAUGGAGGAAAACUCUCAAAGUGAAGAAAGGAGAACAUGUCUGGCUAGUGUUGGAUGGGCCUGUGGACAGUAUCUGGAUAGAAAAUCUUAAUUCAGUGUUGGAUGAUAACAAAACUCUGACACUGGCCAAUGGUGACAGGCUUUCCAUGGCGCCUACCUGCAAGAUCAUCUUUGAGCCCCAUAACAUUGACAAUGCUUCUCCAGCAACUGUUUCCAGGAAUGGCAUGGUAUAUAUGAGUUCAUCUGGACUUAAUUGGAAGCCAGUGGUUGGUGCUUGGCUUAAGUCAAGAAGCCCUAGAGAAAAGGAAGUUUUUCAGAAACUUUUCAAUGACUCCUUUAGUGUCAUGUACAGCUGGAGUACACAGAAUCUGUGUUUAACUAUGAAGGUCUUGCAAGCCAACAUUAUAUGUCAGAUGCUGAAACUUCUGGAAGGACUUGUGCCAGUGCAAUCAGCCGAUUUAGAAGAUACUGCAGAAGGGACUGAGAAGGAAGCAGAGCUGGAUGAGGAGGGAGGUGAGGAUGGUCGACAAAGACCAACUCCAGUGCCUCGUCGGCUGAGUGCUCAACACCUCCAUCGACUGUACGUGUUUUCACUGGUUUGGAGCAUUGGGGCUUUCCUUGAUAUUGCCGAUCGCAAGAAGUUCAAUGAUUUCCUUCACGACAAACUAAGCUUUGUGCUUGACUUGCCAGAGACUAACAGGCUACCAGAUGCAGUUGUAUUCGAUUUUGUAGUCAGUCAGCAAGGUCAAUGGGAACAUUGGAAUACAAUGAUGGACACAUAUGUUUAUCCAGAGAAUAGUACACCUGACUAUAGUAGUAUUUUGGUGCCCAUUGUGGACAAUGUAAGGAUCAAUUACUUGAUUAACACAGUUGCAAAGCAGGAACGAGCUGUGUUGUUAAUUGGUGAGCAAGGCUCUGGGAAGACUGUCAUGAUGAAAGCUUACAUGAAGAAGGCCAAUGCUGAGAUUUACAUGGGACGCUCCUUUAACUUCUCAUCUGCUACCAGCCCCCUCCAGUUCCAGAAGACUAUUGAGAGUUACGUUGAAAAGCGCAUGGGAAACACAUUUGGACCACAAAGCGGGAGGAAGAUGAUAGUGUUUAUUGAUGAUGUGAAUCUACCUGAGAUCAAUGAAUGGGGAGACCAGGUGACUAAUGAAAUAGUACGCCAGACUAUGGAUAUGAAGGGGUUCUACAGUCUUGAAAAGCCUGGAGAAUUUACAACAAUUGUUGACGUCCAAUUCAUGGCUGCAAUGGGACAACCAGGGGGUGGGCGCAAUGACAUUCCAGAGCGCCUCAAGCGUCAGUUUUGUAUUUUCAAUUGCACACUUCCUGUUGAUGAAGCCAUUGAUAAGAUCUUUCAUGUGAUUGGGGAGGGUCACUAUAAUGCUAAACGUGGCUUUAACUCUGAAGUUCGAAACCUCGUUAAGAAGAUCAUUCCACUCACUCGUCAGCUAUGGCAUAAAACCCGGGCAUAUCUUCUUCCCACUCCAGCAAAGUUCCACUAUGUAUUCAGUCUGAGAGAUCUGUCCCGUAUAUGGCAAGGCAUGGUGGGUACACUGUCCACUGUAAUUGAGAAUGAAGCUGUCCUCAUGAUGCUCUGGAAGCAUGAGUGCUCUCGGGUUUUUUCUGACAGGUUCACACUUAUGUCAGACAAAGAAUGGUUCGAUAAAGAGUUACUCAAUGUGGUAACUGAGAUUUUGGGUCCAGAGUACUGCAAAAUGGCAGAGCCAAACCAUGUAUUUGUUGAUUUCAUGAGGGAUGCCCCAGAGCCCACAGGAGAAGAGGGAGAAGAUGCUGAUAUGGAGCUGCCCAAAGUAUAUGAGCCAGUUCCAGACUGGAAUGAAUUGAGGGAGCGGAUGGAAAUGUUUCUCUCACAGUUCAAUGAGAUGGUUCGGGGAGCUGGGAUGGACCUUGUCUUCUUCCCAGAUGCCAUGCUGCAUCUUGUGAAGAUAUCCCGAGUGAUUCGCCAUCCAAGAGGAAAUGUAAUGUUAGUAGGUGUUGGGGGCUCUGGAAAACAGUCCCUCACCAAGUUGUCGUCUUUCAUUGCUGGCUACAAGACAUUCCAGAUUACUCUGACACGGUCAUACAAUUCAGCCAACUUUCUGGAAGAUUUGAAGCUGCUUUACCGAAGCUGUGGUAUUCAGGGGAAAGGCACUACUUUCAUAUUUACUGACUUGGACAUAAAGGAAGAAGGAUUUCUUGAAUAUCUCAACAACAUUCUGUCUUCAGGUGUGAUAUCAAACCUGUUCACACGAGAUGAGCAACUGGAAAUUAUCUCAGAGCUGACACCUAUCAUGAAGCGGGAGAACCCAAAGCGUAGCCUGACUCAUGAGCUAGUAAUGGAAUAUUUCCUCACACGCACUUGUAACAACUUGCAUGUUGUUUUCUGUUUCUCCCCAGUGGGUGAGAAAUUCCGUAACCGAGCCAUGAGGUUCCCAGCCCUCAUUUCAGGCUGUACCAUUGACUGGUUCCAGCCAUGGCCAAAGGAUGCAUUGGUGUUGGUGGCAAAACAUUUCUUAGCUGAAUUUGAAAUUGCAUGUGCCCUGAAAGUGAAGAAUGAAUUAGUCUCAGCUCUGGGAAGCAUCCAAGCUGCUGUUGCAUCUGUAUCAGCAGAAUACUUUCAGAGAUUCCGUCGUGCUACUCAUGUAACACCAAAAUCAUACCUCAAUUUUAUUGGUGGAUAUAAAAAUAUAUACCAGCAGAAGCAAAAGGAACUGAAUGAUGGGGCUCAGAGAAUGGACACUGGACUCGCAAAAUUGGAGGAGGCUUCCUGUUCUGUUGAAAUCCUUAAGAAGGAACUGGCAAUUAUGGAACAAGAGCUUGCCCAGGCUUCAGAGAAGGCUGAAAAUGUGCUGAUAGAAGUCACAGAGAGAGCAAUGCAAGCAGAGACAGUGAAAAAUCAAGUGCAGAAAGUAAAAGAAAAGGCAGAAGCAUUGGUAAAAUACAUAUCAGCAGAAAAAGCUCGAGCUGAGCAGAAACUUGAGGCAGCUAAACCAGCUCUGGAAGAAGCAGAAGCUGCUCUGAACACAAUCAAACCAGCACAUAUUGCCACUGUUAGAAAGCUGGGACGUCCACCACAUCUUAUCAUGCGCAUCAUGGACUGUGUGUUGAUUCUGUUUCAACGCAAAUUGCAUGCUGUUAUUGGUGACACAGCAGCUCCAUGCCCCAAGCCAUCUUGGGCUGAAUCUCUCAAGAUGAUGGCAAGUACAACUUUCCUCCUCCAGCUUCAGAACUAUCCUAAAGAUAUCAUCAACAAUGAAAUGGUAGAGCUACUGCAGCCAUACUUUGAGAUGGAGGACUACAACAUGGAUACAGCCAAACAUGUGUGUGGUGAUGUGGCAGGUCUGCUGUCAUGGACAAAAGCUAUGGCUUUCUUUCACAGUGUGAACAAGGAGGUACUUCCUCUUAAGGCUAACCUAACACUUCAAGAGGCUCGUCUGACUGUAGCAAUGGCUGACCUAGCAGCUGCAGAACAAGAAUUGGAGGAACGAGAAAUGGCUCUGCAAGAGGUGAAAGAGCAGUAUGAUGCUGCAGUGUCAGAGAAGCAACGUCUCACAGAUGCAGCCAACAGCUGUCUGCGCAAGAUGACUGCAGCCACUACUCUGAUUAAUGGACUGGGAGGAGAGAAGAUCCGCUGGACACAGAUGAGCCAGCAAUUUAAGGAACAGUUGGGCAGGCUUGUGGGAGAUGUGGUGUUGGCCACAGGUUUCCUGUCCUACUGUGGACCAUACAAUCAAGAAUUUCGUUCUGGUCUUAUUCGUAGCUGGAUGAACAAUCUGAAGAGUCAUGAUAUUCCAUUUACACAUGAUCUAAACAUAAGCAACAUGUUGGUGGACAGUGGAAUGGUAUCAGAAUGGACAUUACAAGGCCUCCCUAAUGAUGAGCUCUCCGUUCAAAAUGCUAUCAUUGUUACAAAAUCGAGUUCAUAUCCUCUGUUGGUGGAUCCACAAACUCAAGGAAAGAUGUGGAUCAAGAACAAAGAAUCCAAUAAUGAGUUGCAGAUCACAUCAUUGAAUCACAAGUAUUUCCGCACACACUUGGAAGAUAGCCUGUCAUUGGGGCGACCUCUGCUUAUAGAGGACGUAGGAGAGGAACUUGAUCCUGUUAUUGACAAUGUUCUUGAAAAGAAUUUUAUCAAGUCUGGUUCAAUUGAGAAGGUUGUAGUUGGGGACAAGGAGUGUGAUGUCAUGCCAGGCUUUAUGCUGUACAUUACAACUAAACUACCAAAUCCUGCCUAUUCACCUGAAAUCAGUGCAAAGACAUCCAUCAUAGAUUUCACAGUUACAAUUCUGGGACUGGAAGAGCAGCUUCUGGGACGUGUGAUCCUGAUGGAGAAAUCAGACCUAGAAGCAGAACGUGUGGCUUUGUUUGAGUCAGUAAUGAAAAAUCAGCGCAGUAUGAAAGAACUUGAGAGCAAUUUACUCUGUCGCUUGACCUCCACACAGGGCUCACUCGUGGAUGAUGAAGCCCUCAUACAUGUACUGCAAGAAACAAAGUUGACAGCUGAGGAAGUAAAUCAGAAACUUAAGGUAUCAGCACAUACAGAACGCAAGAUUAAUGUGGCACGGGAAGAGUUUCGUGCAGUGGCAUCCAGAGGUUCUAUUCUCUAUUUCCUUAUUGUAGAAAUGAGCAAUGUGAAUGUGAUGUAUCAGAAUUCCCUGAAGCAGUUCCUUAACAUUUUUGACAACUCUAUCACAAAGUCUACAAAGAGCUCCGUUACGGAUGAGCGAAUUGCAAACAUUCUCAGCUACCUCACAUAUGAAGUAUGGGCGUUCACACUGCGUAGUUUAUAUGAACGCCAUAAAAUCUUAUUCACCCUUAUGUUGGCCAUGAAAAUUGACUGUCAUAAAGGCCUCAUUUCCCACGAUGAAUUCAGUGCCUUCAUCAAGGGCGGUGCCUCACUGGAUCUGAAUGCUGUUGAACCUAAACCUUUUCGCUGGAUUUUGGAUAUUACCUGGCUUAACCUGGUGGAAAUAAGCAAACUAUCCACUUUCUCAGAUGUUCUCACCAAGAUAGAACAGAAUGAGAAGGACUGGCGAGUAUGGUAUGAAAAAGAACGACCUGAGGAGGAAGUAAUUCCUUGUGGAUACAACUCCUCCCUCGAUGUGUUCCGGAAAUUGCUAUUGAUCCGAUCGUGGAGUCCUGAUCGAACUCUGUCACAAGCUCGCAAAUAUAUCAUGGAAUCACUAGGAUCUGACUAUGGUGAGACCAUCAUUCUUGAUCUUGAUGCGACAUGGGCAGAAUCAGAGCCUCGGACACCCCUUAUUUGCAUCCUCUCAAUUGGAUCUGACCCAUCACCUCAAGUAACAGCACUUGCCAAGCAGAAAGAAAUACCCCUGAAGUCAGUGUCAAUGGGACAGGGUCAGGAGAUGCAUGCACGCCGCCUUAUAGCUGACUCAAUGUCAGGAGGUGGUUGGGUGUUACUGCAGAACAUACACCUAUCACUUCCAUUUUGUAAUGAAGCUAUGGAUGCUCUAGUUGAAACUGAAAAUGUGCAUGACACAUUCCGGCUGUGGAUGACUACAGAAGUUCAUGCACAGUUUCCUAUUGCUCUCUUACAGAUGGCAAUAAAAUUUACAAAUGAGCCACCUCAAGGAAUUCGAGCGAGCUUAAAGCGGACUUACCAGAACAUAACACAGGACACCCUGGACUAUUCAUCUCAGCCACAGUGGCCCCCUCUCCUAUAUGCUGUUGCAUUCCUGCACACUGUAGUUCAGGAGAGACGUAAGUUUGGGCCUCUUGGAUGGAAUGUUUCAUAUGAGUUCAACCAGGCAGACUUUGCAGCAAGUUUCCAGUUUAUACAGAAUCACCUAGAUGACAUGGAUCCAAAGAAGGGUAUCUCUUGGCAAACAGUGUGCUACAUGUUGGGAGAAGUGCAGUAUGGAGGGCGUGUAACUGAUGAUUUUGAUAAGCGCCUGUUGACAACAUUCACACAUGUGUGGUUUUGUGAUGUGCUGCUUCGUCCAGGAUUUGAGUUUUACAAGAACUACAAGGUUCCCAUGAGUAAAAACCUCCAAGACUACAUUGACUACAUCAAUGGUCUGCCUUCAACAGACACACCAGAAGUAUUUGGCCUUCAUACCAAUGCUGAUAUCACAUACCAAAUCAACACAGCUAAGGGUAUCCUAGAUACAAUCCUCAAUGUCCAGCCCAAAGAGGGUGGUGGAGGUGGUGGUGAGACAAGAGAGAGUGUCGUUUAUCGGCUUGCAGAUGAUAUGCUGGAAAAAUUGCCAAAAGAAUACAACAGUUUUGAGGUGAAGGAAGCAUUACAAAGAAUGGGUGCCCUGCUUCCAAUGAACAUCUUUCUUCGCCAAGAAAUUGACCGUAUUCAGCGUGUCAUCAAAGUAGUACACUCAACCCUCUGUGACCUCAAGCUUGCCAUUGAUGGUACCAUUGUUAUGAGCCAGGGCUUGCGAGCAUCUCUGGAUGCAAUGUAUGAUGCCAGAAUACCUGAAUGUUGGCUGAAGGUGUCAUGGGAGUCUGCAACAUUAGGGUUUUGGUACACUGAAUUGUUGGAGCGUGAUGCACAGUUCCGUCACUGGGUAACUAAUGGCCGUCCGAAUGUAUUCUGGAUGACAGGUUUCUUCAACCCACAAGGUUUUCUCACUGCUAUGAGACAGGAGGUGACUAGAGCACAUAAAGGCUGGGCAUUGGACUCUGUGGUGCUCCAGAACCUCAUCACUCGCCACAAUAAAGAAGAUCUGACAGACUCCCCUCCUGAAGGUGUUUAUGUGCAUGGUCUCUUCCUAGAAGGUGCUAGCUUAGACCGGCGCACUGGAAAACUCUUAGAGAGCAAGCCCAAAGUUCUGUAUGAGCAGAUGCCAGUUAUAUAUAUCUAUGCUAUUAACACAACAGCUGGAAAAGACCCCCGGCUCUAUGAAUGCCCUAUCUACCGCAAGCCUCAAAGAACAGAUCAAAAGUAUGUGGGGUCCAUAGACUUUGAGACAGAAAACAAUCCCAGACACUGGACUCUGCGUGGAGUUGCUUUGCUCUGUGAUAUCAAGUAAAUUCAAAUCAGAAGUAAUGGAGGGAUUUCACCAAAGACUCUUUGGCUGUACACUACAGCGCAUCAUGCCAGCACCAUAUUUCACAGAACAGAAGAAUAUUCUUGCUAUAAAAUCAAGAAAAUAUUUUUAGUUUUAUCAAUUAUAUAAUAUAUAAUUUAUUGCUCUCAGAAGAGAACAGUAUUAUCUCAUUUACUGUUUUACCAUAAUUCAAAUAUGAUAAAUGCUUGAUAUGUCAUAGGCUUAUAUUAAUUAUUUUCAUGUAGUAAUAAAUAUAUAUGAAAGAUUAAUGCGGUUAAUCUCUGAUUCCUUGCCUCCAUUCUGCAUUACAGAUUUUGUGAGCAGAAAACUGACUGUGCACUUAUAAAGAAUGUGUAUAAUGUAACAGAUAAUUCUUUCAUAUCUCAAACAGGAAAAUUCCACAGCCUGGUUCUGUGCACACCAACUUUCAGUCUGGCAUGUAGUGUAUAUAUAUUAAUAAUGAUCUACAUAUACAGUUAGCGGCUUCCAUGGUCUAGGGGUAACAUUCCCACCUCAUGACUCAAGGUACGCGGGUUCAAACCCGGCGG